UGACGACGUUGGGGCAAAAAUCUAAAUCAAAAACCCUAGAUUCCAAAAUCGCAAGCGGUUCUCGACACUCCAUACUUGGUGUCGAUUUCGACCUCGCAGAACACUGAAUCUCAUCAAGUGUUUGCAAUUUACAAGUCGACACAUUCCAUUAGAAGAGAAACCCUUUCUUGCAUCAUAUGGCCGGACCAAGAAACAGCCAUGGAAAGCGUUCCAGCUCUCACUCUGAUCACAACGAUAAUGGAAGAACUAAAAGACGCAACAAUGGUGAUGAUAGAGGAAAGAUCUCAAUCAAUUCAGAUGAUACUGUAUACCGAUACUUAUGCCCUAGUAACAAAAUCGGAAGCAUAAUGGGAAGAGGAGGUGAUAUUAUCAAGCAAUUAAGAUCCGAAACUAAUUCAAAAAUCAGAAUUGGUGAGACAGUUUCAGGGUGUGAAGAACGCGUUAUUACUAUCUACAGCACGAAUGAUGAAACAAACAAAUUUGAUGAAACUGAAACUGAUCAACGAGUUUGUCCAUCACAAGAUGCCCUUUUCAAAGUACAUGACAGAGUAGUAGCUGAUGAAGUGGGCCCUGAUGAGGCUGCUGACAUGGCACCACAAGUUACAGCUCGCCUCCUUGUCCCAUCUGAUCAAAUUGGAUGUGUUAUUGGAAAAGGUGGACAAGUAGUUCAAACUAUAAGGACAGAAACCAGUGCUCAGAUUCGUAUUAUGAAAGAUCAUCAUUUGCCUUCUUGUGCAUUAAGCAAUGAUGAACUCAUACAAAUAUCUGGUGAAGCUUCUGUUGUUAGAAAAGCAUUAUUUCAAAUAGCAUCACGUCUUCAUGACAACCCAUCAAGAUCUCAACAACACUUACUCACUCCCUCCACUAUGUAUCCUUCUGUUAUGGGAACGCCAGGUGGCGCUCCAAUUAUGGGGUUAACUCCACUUGUUGGUGGAUAUAAAAGUGAAAAUGGAGCUCUUUAUCCAGCAUCAAGGCGUGAAUCAUCUUCAAAAGAGUUUUCUCUUCGUUUGAUUUGUCCUUCUGCAAAUAUUGGUGGUGUAAUUGGAAAAGGAGGUGCCAUAAUCAAUCAAAUUAGACAAGAAUCUAGAGCAAGUAUUAAAGUUGAUAGCUCAACAACUGAUGCUGAAGAUUGCAUAAUAUCUAUAUCUGCAAAAGAGAUCUUUGAAGACAGUUUUUCUCCAACUAUUGAUGCAGCAAUCCGUCUACAAUCAAAGUGUAGUGAGAGAGUUGAAAGAGAUUCAGGUCUUCUUUCAUUUACAACAAGAUUACUUGUUCAAUCUUCUCACAUUGGAUCCAUAAUUGGGAAAGGAGGAUCAAUAAUUUCUGAAAUGAGAAGAAUCACUCAAGCUAAUAUUCGCAUACUUUCAAAAGAAAACCUUCCAAAAGUGGCUAAACAUGAUGAUGAAAUGGUUCAGAUUUGUGGAGAUGUUGAUGAUGUGAAGGAUGCACUUGUACAAGUGGCAUCAAGAUUGAGGGCAAAUAUUUUUGAUAGAGAAGGGGUAUUUUCGUCUUUUGUUCAAGUUCUUCCGUAUCUUCCUGUUGCAUCUCCUGAAGUUUCAAGGUAUGAAAGUAGAGAUUCCAAAGGUCAUGGACACAGAUAUGGUGAUUCAUAUGACUUCCCACCUCAUGAUGGAUAUGGAAGCUAUGCUCCCUCACAUGGACGAAGUGGUGGGCCCGGUGAUGGUUAUGGAUCAUCUUAUGGCGGUAGUAGUUAUUCUCCAAGACGUAGUGGUGGUGGUUCUCGGAGGUUAUCUAGGCAUGAUAAAAGCCCUACGGGUGGCUUCAGGCGGAGAGGGUACGGUUAUUAAAGUCUGUUAGGUGGACCCCACAGGUGAAGAAGACCAACCAAGCCAAACCAAACCAAGCCGAGCCGAGCCUGAGCCUGAGCCGCAGUCUAUACGGAAACCCACCUUAUUAUGGCUUGCUUUCAGAGCCUUUGAUCAAAGAUUAGCUUGUUUUGCUAGUUUCUUUACCAAUCUUCCAAACAACCUAACCUUGUUCAAUGGCAUGUUACUUCCAUUCCAAUCUCUCUCUUAAGUAUUUUCUGAAUUUGUCUCUACAUUUAUAUUUCCUUAUUUUUAUUAUGCUUGUAAUCUAUUUUUUGGAUGGGACUAAAAGUUGCAAUUUUUUGUCUCUAUCACUCCAAAUCAUGACAGACAGUCAUGUUAUGUCAUAACAAAUCAGGUUUUAAUGAUGGAGAAAUCUUUAUUAAAUUCACAAGUUCUCAAGGAUUUUGAUGCUUUAAAAAAAAUUAAUUUUGCAAAUGAUCAUUGCUAUUUGAUCAAGGACAAUUCGAGGUGAAGGAUUUUAUGCUACCUUUUACUGGUUUUUCUUUGUCUUCCUAAUAUAUAUUGUUUAGUUUAUAGGUGGAUAUUGACAUUGUAUAAU